AUGGAGGUGGCCGUAGGUGCGGCAUGGUGGGUGGUGGGCAAGGCGCUGGGCCCCGUCGCUGACGGCUUGCUGGAGGCGUGGGCUGCCAGCAAGGAGCUAGGCCCUAACGUUGACGCGCUAAAGAUGGAGCUGCUAUACGUGCAGGGGAUGCUCAACAACACCCGCGGCCGGAACAUUGACAACCCUGCACUCAACGUGCUACUGCAGAAGCUGCGGGACCUCGCGUACAAUGCCGAGGACGUGCUGGAUGAGCUCGACUACUUCCGCAUCCAGGACCAGCUCGAGGGUACUUACGAGGCUGCCGACAAGCAUGCCAAGGGAUCCAUGUGCAACCUCUACCUCCACGCUCAUCACACUGCUAGAGAUGCUGGCAAACUGCUCUGCUUCUGUCCAUUCUCGCGUACAGCUAGCCGUGCUGAUCCAAGCAAGCCAAGGGGAGUUGAUACAAGGCAACAAGAACUCUGCUGCGCUUGGCCAUGUGCCAAGCAGUGGAGUGCACGCGGAAACACCCCGUCAGCGCCACACAACCACCAGGCCAACGAAGAGGUCAGAAGAUGCAUGCGCAAGCUUGCUUCUGGCGCUUGCAACACCAUCCGUCAUGUUGGUAAACUCCUCCAUUGCUCAUCCCUCCCAACUCAUGAUGAUGAUAGUUCUGUUAUGCCAGUCAUUUGCGGUGCCUGCAAGCACAAGGCAUCCCUGAAAAAGCAUGUGAAAGAAACUCCAAAACUAGAGUUUGAUAGGGUUGAUCUGUCUAAAAGAAUGAAGCAUAUUGUAGAGCAACUGCAGCCAGUAUGUGCAAAGGUCAAAGCCAUUCUUAAUCUAGAGUUGUUGGGUUCUAGCCAUACUACUGCCCCAAGCAUUGCCAAGAGUCCUUCCACCACCACCUCUGACAUUAUAGAGUCAACACUGUAUGGGAGAGAAACUGCGAAGAAGAGCAUCAUAGAUAGUAUUUCUCAUGUUAAAUAUAGUGACAAAGACCUAACUAUCCUGCCAAUUGUUGGUUCGGGUGGCAUAGGGAAGACAACUCUCGUACAACACAUAUAUCACAGCCAAGAAGUGCAAAAACAUUUUCAGGUCAAGGUUUGGAUAUGUGUGUCUCAGAAUUUCAUUGUUAGUAAGCUGACUGAAGAGAUUGAAAAAGCCAUUCCUGGUGUGGAAGGUGAAAAAAAGGUUAGAGCAGAAGAGUUGAUUGAACAGAGAUUAAAUUCUAAAAGGUUUUUGCUUAUAUUAGAUGAUAUUUGGAAGUGUGAAUCUGAGGACUGGGAAAGGCUUUUAGUACCACUUAGAAAAGUGCAGGCAAAGGGCAACGUAAUUCUAGUGACAACUCGGUUUCCAGCUAUAGCAGAAAUGGUUAAAACGACUGAUAGUUCAAUAGAUCUGGAGGGUCUAGAACAAGGAGUGUUUAGGGACUUUUUCCGAGCAUGCAUUUUUCGCGAUGAGCAAUCACAAAAAGAUCAUCAUGGGUUGCUUGAGAUUGGAGAUAAGAUAGCAGAAAAGCUAAAGGGAUCCCCUCUUGCAGCAAAAACUGUAGGUAGAUUAUUAAGAAACCACCUUGAUGUGUAUCAUUGGAAAAGAGUCCUAGAAAGUAGAGAAUGGGAAAUGCAGACCGGUGAGCGUGACAUCAUGCCUGCACUGAAACUUAGCUAUGAUUAUCUACCUUUUCAUCUGCAGCAAUGUUUUUCUCGUUGUGCAUUGUUUCCUGAAGAUUACAAGUUUAACAGUCAAGAGCUCAUUCAUUUCUGGAUAGGACUAGAUAUUUUGCAGUCUGGUGGUCGAAGUAAAACAGUUGAAGAUGUAGGUGCGGACAGUUUGAAUGAUUUAGUCAACCAUGGAUUUUUCAAAAAAGAUGAAACUGACGGGUAUCCAUAUUAUAUCAUCCAUGACCUGCUGCAUGAUUUAGCUUUGAAGGUUGCAUCUCAUGAAUGUCUUAGUUUUCAUCACUCUAAUGUGAGAUCAGUAGAAAUUUGGCCAUCUAUCCGUCACUUGUCAAUCAUAAUGGAUGAUCCAGAUGAUAGUAAUGGAAUUACUGAUGAGAACUUUAAGAGUGAGUUGAGGAAACUUAACACAAAAUUGAAGGUUGAAAACUUGCAAACACUAAUUAUAUUUGGGGGAGGAGAUGCAAGCUUUGUCAACAUUUUUGGUGAUUUGUUCAUGGAAGCAAAUGCUCUUCGUGUUCUUUGUUUGCCCACGUUAUCAUAUACCCUGGAAUCCAUGUUGCAUAACUUUUCAUCACUUCUCCACCUACGAUACCUAAAGCUAGGGACUUCUAUGAGCCAGAUGCAUUUACCAACAACCUUAUCUCGAUUUUAUCAUUUGAAGAUUUUGGAUCUACAAGAAUGGGAUGGUUCUUUUCUUUUACCUAGAGACAUGAGUAACCUUGCAAAAUUGUGCCAUUUUGUUGCCCAACACGAUGAACUUCAUUCUGGUAUUUAUAACGUGGGGAAACUAAAGCUCUUACAGGAGUUAAAGGUCUUUGCAGUCGAUAAGGAAAGUGAAGGGUUUGAACUAAAUCAACUAGAGCAUCUCGUUGAGAUAAGGGAGCUUGGGAUUUAUAACCUUGAGAAAAUAUGCACAAAAGAAAAAGCAGUUGAAGCAAAACUGAUAGACAAAAAAUACUUGCAGAAGUUAACAUUAGAUUGGGAUAGUGAGCGAUCCAAUAUUCAACCCGAUGUGGAAGCAGUGGUUCUAGAGAGCCUUCAACCGCAUAGAAAUCUUCAACAGUUAUCCAUUAGAGGACACAGAGGUCCUUGUCCAACAUGGUUGGGUGAUAAGCUCGCUGUUGAGGCUCUACGAUCUCUUCAUCUCGUUGGUGUUUCUUGGGAUGUUUAUCCUUCUCUGGGAAAGAUGUGGGAUCUUCGUGAACUAACAGUUGAGCAUAUAGCCACAAUAAAGGAGUUUGCUCUAGAGAAAAGCUUUUGCAAGCUAGUAAAGCUUACACUCGUCGGCUUAGAAACUUUUGAAAAAUGGGUACCACAGGCCACUCAUUUGUUCCCUUGUUUGCAAGUACUAAUUAUUAAAGAUUGCCCUAAACUCUCGGAGUUGCCAUGUUCAAGCCACAUUGCUUACCCACUGAAACAAGACUGUUACACAGAUUGGUUUCCCAGAUUAAAAGAGCUUAGGAUUAAAAACUGCCCUGAAGUCUUGCUAGUGCCUCCUAUCCCUUGGACUGAGUCUCUGUGCUCUGUCAAGAUAAGUGAUGUGGGAUCAAAACUACUGGACAAGUUGGUCUACUCAAAAUCAUCUUCUCGAGUAGCACUGGAGAUUGAUGCAAAGGAUGGUCUGCAUAACUUAGAUCAGCUGUUACUAUUCAGUCAACUAACAGACCUUAAGGAGUUGACGAUAAAAAAUUGCCCACCUUUGGAGCUGAAGUAUUUUCUAAUGCUAACCUCAUUGAAGGAAUUGUGGGCACGGUCUUCAAAUCUUGGGGUGGUGGCAUCAGAAGUUCAGAGUGGUGUCGAGUGGCAGCAUCCUGUUGAGGAAAUUCAAAUUAGGGGAUCUGAUUCUAGUGGAAAGGAAUUGACACAGUUCCUAUCUCACCUCCCAAAGCUAUCCAAAUUGGGCGUAUUCCAUUGUGAAAACAUAACACAGUUUGCUGUGGGGGUGGAUUUGCAGCAAACAACAGCACCAAUAUCAUCAUCAACCUCUUUAGAUGUUGCAAUGGAUGAUACACAAGCAAAAGAUGAGCAGCAAGAAAUAGCAGAGGUGGAGAAGGAGGAGGCAAACACGGUGGAUGAUGAUGGGCUGUUGGUCCUCCCUGCACAUCUCUCCAACUCUCUGCAGGCGUUGUACAUAAAAAAUGAUGGUCUGGUAGUUCAUUCCCUUGAUGCCCUCCAAGCCCUAACUACCCUUCGGUUAGAAGAUUGCUCUUUUCGCCACCCUUUCCCGUCCUCCCUGCUACACCUGCACCUUCGGUCCGUGAAGGGCGUGCGCGUGCAGACCCUUUCAAACCUCACCUCUCUCACCCGAUUACACAUAUCUCGUUGCGGAGAGGAUUUAAGUUGCGAGGGCCUUUUGCCACUCCUUACUCAGGGCCAGCUCAGCCAAUUAGAAGUCUCUGGAAGCCCCAAUUUCUUUGGUGGGUGGGAUCCCAUGCGGGGGAUGCAGGACGAGCAAGAUAAGAGGACAGAAUCCAAACUGCAGACGCUCGAGACAGAUGACAUGAAGGGCUUCCUCGGUGCGCCCGCCCUCUGUAGCCUCCUCUCUUCCUCCCUCACCGACUUGUACUUUGAUGGGAACGAUGAGAUUACGUGCUUCACAAAGGAGCAGGAGGAGGCCUUUCAACGCCUCACCUUGCUCCAGGAUCUCUGGUUUUUGGAUUGCGGCAAGCUGGAACACCUCCCUGCAGGGCUAAACAAGCUGACCAACCUCAAGAGAUUAUGGAUCUGGGAGUGUCCAGCCCUCCAGUCGCUGCCCAAGGGUGGCCUCCCGAGUUCACUGCGAGAAUUAGAUGUCGAGGAUUGCGGCAAUGAGGACCUAAAAGAGCACUGCAAGCGGUUAAUUGGAACCAUCCCAAAAAUCAAACUAUAG